UGUCAAAUAAAACCAAGUGUCAGAGUCACAAAAUAAAAUAUUUAUCGAUUUGAUUUUCGUUCUUUUUACCAAUAAACUUAUUUCCUGGACUGUGUAUUGAAGAGUUCUAACUGAACAAUUAAAUAAUUAUGUCAUCUAGUCGAUCUAAAACAUCUUUUAUAGACAAACCUUUAAGUAAAGGGAAAGGCGAAAUUUCGUUAGCUUUAUACGCCCUUUUAUUUUCCGAAAUUGUACAGUAUUGUCAAAAUCGAUCGCAUUCAAUUCACGAACUCCAGACCAAAUUAUCGGAAAUUGGUCAGGAUGUAGGUACCCGGCUGUUAGACCUGUACUUUGUGAGAGAGCGGAACAGCAAGCGGGAAAUAAAGUUGCUAAAUAUGCUCUUAUUUGUCAAGUCUACAUUGUGGAAGGUACUAUUUGGCAAGGAAGCUGACAAACUGGAGCAUGCCAAUGAUGAUGAGCGAACUUAUUACAUCAUUGAGAAAGAUGCAUUAGUGAACAAAUUUAUAAGUGUGCCCAAAGACAAAGGCUCUCUGAACUGUGCCACAUUUAAUGCUGGCAUUAUAGAAGCUGUCCUCACUAAAAGUGGUUUUCCUGCAAAAGUGACAGCACACUGGCACAAAGGCACAACUUACAUGGUCAAGUUUGAUGAUUCCGUCAUAGCCCGGGACAAAUCUCUGGAUGACCGAUAGUUUUAAGUACAUCUAGUGUUAUAUUCUCUUAAAAAUAAACGAUUAUCUUGUUAAAA